AUGCAAAAAAAUGCAAGUCCUUAAGGAGAUGAAGAUGAUAAUGCUCAAAACUAGAUUCAAAAUAAUAAAAACAAUAAAAGUUGCAAUGGCUUGAAACAUAACAUUAAAUAUAUUUUUUUAUUUAUUUCGGUUUCAAUAAUGAUAGCAUUGGUUGGAAUCAAUAUCGAUUUUGUUUUUAAAUUAUGGUCCACGAAUGAAAUAAGAGGAUUGCAGCGAAUCAAUUCCCUGACUUAUUCAGAAGAUAUAUCAUAUCUUGAAUGGAGAAACAUACACUUGCAUUUAUAUUACCUACUAGUUCCCUUGGUGUUUUUAACAAUUACUCAAAAAAUUAUUAAGCCUUACUUUGUUGACCAUGACUAAAGGCAAAAAGCUCUAUCUUUUUUCUAUAUCAUUGUAGGCUUAGCCUUAUCGUUUCUUUUGUUUAGACUUAAAUCUAUUUACUCUUUAUUAUUUAUAACUGCAAACUAUGCUCUGACAAAGACUCUUGCUUCUAAGAAAUAUUUUCCUAUUUUUAUUUGGGUUUUAAAUUUAGGAUUUUUGAAUCUUGCCUUUAUUUUUAAUGGAUUUGAAAUCAAUUAUAUCAGUGAAGGAAUAAAAAACUUAGAUGGCUCAUCUCCGUAUUUUUGGAAUGUAGUGUUAAUUUAUUUGAUAUUAAGAUGUCUGAGCUUCAGUAUAGAUUACCACAAUUCUCAAAUUACAGUUAAUGUAAAUGAAUCUAAUCACUUUGAAAAAUGCUUUGAUUGCACUAGUGUUAUGAAAUGCUAUGCAUAAAGAGUAGACUGUCCUCAUUAACAAUAACAAUAUUGUUUUUUAAAUUAUUUGUCUUAUAUCUAUUAUCCACCGCUAUUUUUUAGAGGACCUAUUAUUACAUUUAACGAUUACUUAUACUAGCACUAAAAUGAAGAACAAAUUUUUGAAAAAGAAAUUGUAAAUAGUAAUGAAUAAAAUCAAUAUAGAAAUAUUUAGAAUUUUAAAGAGCAAUAAAUAGUUCAUAACUCAAAAUAAUUUUUUAAUAAACAUAUUUUGUAUUUUAUUAAAAUCUCACUGAUGUAUAUCUUCGUAUUGGCAUUAAGUGUCAUAUUCUUUCCAUCUGCAUUAUUAUCUCAUACCUAAAAUGAAUAUAUUUGGAUUAGAAAAUAACUUCCAGCCUCUACAAUUGUGACACUUAUUUCUUAUGUUAUUUGGAAAUGGGCAAUUUAGGUGUUUUAUUGGAAAUUGUGCUAUUAUUGGAGUAUUUCUAACGAUAUUUAUCCUAUUGAUAAUGUAGGCAAAAUUAUAAUUAAUUUUUAAGACAUAAAAGAUAUUUUUAGAAACUAUGAAAGGAGUUAUUACUUAUGGAUAAAAAAAUAUGUAUAUAUCCCGCUUGGAGGAAAGUUUUGCAAAUUUUUAAAUAUUAUUUUAGUUAUCCAACUAUUUAUAUUACUAAAUGAAAUGGACUAGAAUUUAUUUUAUUAUGGAUUAGAGAUCACUGGAAUAUUUAUUAUUGAUGAAAUCAUUAACAUCAAAUGGAGAAAUAUUAAUAUUAUAGUUAAGGUCAUUAUUUCUGGAGUUUAAAUUAGCCUGAUUCUUUUUAUAACUAUCCUAGCAAUAGUUCCUUAACCAGAUUAUCUUACUUAUCAAAAAUAAAUACUUAAAAACAAUUAAUCUAAAAUGACUCUAAUUACAAUAAUAUUGGUGGUUUUGGCUAUAUUUUCUCAUUAAUCAUAUUUAGCUUAUGAUUAAUAAGGUACAAAGGAAGUUUAUUACAAAUAAUAAUGCAAAAAUAAGAAUCAAAAAGAAAAUAUUAAUUAAAAAACAUAGUUUGAAAUGGUAACUAACACAUUGUUAAAGUGA